UUAAUAUGGCUUCCAGGCAGGAGGUUAAGUGUUUAACCGAAGAACUAAUUUGUUUCAUCUGCCUGGAUAUUUUCACCGAUCCGGUGUCACUGGAGUGUGACCACAGCUUCUGCCGCCGCUGUAUCACAGAAUAUUGGGAAGGGAAGGAGAGAAACUCCUGCCCGGUAUGUAGAGAGGAGUUUGUACGCUGCGUCCUCAGGGUAAAUCGGGCCUUAGUAAGUCUGUCUGAGAAAGCUCGAAAAUUAAAUCUGGAUCCGAUAGAGACGAAAAGCAAACUUUACUGCGAAGAACAUCAGGAAGAACUGAAGCUGUUUUGUGAAACGGACAAGAAACUGAUCUGUGUGAUUUGCAGAGAUGCGCGGGAACACAGAGAGCACCGCUUCAUGCCGGUUAAAGAAGCUGCUGAAAUCUACAAGGCUCAGACGAAAUCUUCUAUAAAAUCUCUCACACAUUAUACAUCUGUGAUCAAGGAAAUGGAGCAUGAACAGAAACAGAAGAUUUCUGGAGUUAGGGACCAGUCUUGCAGUCUGCAGACCCACAUCACAUCUGAAUUCAGUAAAAUGCACCGGAUUCUCAUUGAGAAAGAGAAGUGCUUACUCAGAGAUCUCAGAGAAGAGGAGGAGAGGAUUGUAAACAGAAUGGAGAAAAAUCUUCGAUACAUUCAAGAGAAUUUAAAUUCUAUGGAUCAGAAACUCUCGGCGUUACAGAAGCAGAUGGAUCAAGAAGACUCUGUGAUAUUUCUGAAGGAGGAAGGUCGUCGCAAGAGAAGGUAUAGUGAAAAGGAAUAUCGAUUGUCAGUCGCAGAUGAUGUGCUGCAGGUUGCAAAAUUCGAUCACCCGUAUUUGUUGAACACGGCGUUGAAAGAAAUGUUUGAUGCUAUUAAGCAAGUCUCCGUGACUGUAGAUGUGGAAACGGCGGGUUCGGGGCUCGAGGUGUCUGAGGAUCUGAAAAGCGUGAGAGGGACCAGGACCUCGAAGGAUCCCCCCAACACCAGGAAGAGGUCUGUAAACGGGUUGGGUCCCGCGACCGGCAUCAGGAGCGGGGCUCGGAGGCUGUGGAGCAGAAACCCCGCGGACAACAGUCCGGCGGUGAACGGGAACCACUUAAUCCCCAAAUUCCGCAUUGUAAAACCCCAAUGACCCUGGAAAUGAAACCGAUAUAUACAUAAAUGUAGGGAGAGUGAAUUAAAAGGCUCCUCAGAUUAAGACUAUCUAUUCAUUUAUUUUGAUACGUUAAUUGCGUCCCUGAACCGAAAAUACAUACAUUUGUGAAAACUGUUAUGGAGCAAGGGGGAAGCUUGCUGGGGCCCUUUCGGCAGCUUCCCGAACCAAAGGUGAAGUACCCGAUGACUGGCGAACAAGAAGGGCAGGAUUAAGCCGAGUCACAGCAGGCCAGUGAGGCAGAUCCGUGUUAUUGGAAAAUUGUCUAAGGAACGGGAUUUAUUUAUACUUGGGAAAGCAUGGAGAGUCAGUAUGGCUUUCAUUUCGUGGAAAAUCCUGCCUCAUUAAUUUGGGUGAAUUACUUCAAGGCGUAUGUUGAUGAAGGCAGUGUGGUAAAUGUUGUCUGCGCGUCCUUUAGCAGGGCCUUUGACAAGGUCCUGUAUGUAGGUUGGUCCAAAGGGUUAGAAUGCGUGGGAUCGAAGUCAACCUGGCAAGUUGGAUCCAAACUUGACCUGGUAAUAGGAGACAGAGAAUGGAGGUGCAGGGUCACUUUACUGAUUGGGAGUCUGUGAGCAGUUGUAUACCACGGGGAUCGGUGCUGGAACCCGUGUUGUUUGUGACAUAGACUAUCGGAUAUGAAUGUAAGAGGCAAUAUCAGUACGUUUGUAGAUAUCAUUAAAAAAUUAUGAUGUUCCAGAUACGAGGAAGAUUAUUUUGAGGUGCAGCAUAACCUUGACCAGCUGGAAUGCUGGGCGGGGCAAUGGUAUUUGGAAUUUAAUCCUCACAAGUGCAAAUUGAUGCAUUUUCGAAGGUGAAAUGAGGGCAGAACAUGCACGGUUAUUAUCAGAGCCGGUGCACUGCGACA